AUGUCGACAACAUUCGCAAUUGAUCUAGUGCCACCUUUCUGCAAUGGGAAUGUUGCUGCACGCCUACAAUAUAGUACUCUUCGAUCAAACGCAUACGAUGUUCAUUAUAGAAACAUCUCACAGAUCACGCCGUGCAGCUCUGCACCGGCGUCACCGCGAAUACUCCGUUGCGACAAUGAUUCCUUUCUCGACUCGCAAUCCUCUCAGGAUCAGUCACCUCCACGACUUCUGAGACCUCCACCACUUCUCUCCCCUUACCCAGAUUCUUCUUCACCCCCACGAUCAAACUCCAUUGACCUAUCCACCCUUCGCAGGGACAUUGAACUACUCUCGGUUUCGUCCCGUGAUAGCGGAAGCGACUCGGAAUCUGAACCCCCAACACCAGCUGAUAGCGUGAGGACAGUGCGCUCGAGAAGUCAUGAUCCGACAGCAGCUGCCUCUGUCCUCAGACGGCCAAGUAGAAUUGAACACCUUUCCGAGUUGUUCAGGAAAGCGCUUGCCAAAUCACCUGUAGUUCGCAGAACAGCUGUGGAGGAGGAGUCAAGAACAGUGAACAAGCACAGAACCAGCCGCUAUUGGCUUGAUGAGCAGGUAUCGACGAUUUUCAAUUAAUU